AAACAGGUUAUAUUGUUAGAUUAUCUGUAGUCAUGAAUUCGAAUGAGGUUUCCACCAAUUUUAAGGUCAAUAAUACCUCAACUUUGGUUAGAGUGGUCCUGACAAACUCUGGGAGUCUAGAAGCGUAUAUAUGGGCAGAUGGAACAGGGGAAUGGACUCGUCUACUUAAAGUACCAAUCAGACGAUUGUGAUGAAUAUGGAUACUGUGGAGCAUAUGGGAGUUGCAACUAUGAUAACUACCCGUUUUGUAGAUGUUUGGAUAAAUUUUUGCCUAGAGAUUUAGCAGCAUGGGACAGGGCAGAUUUUUCCGGAGGGUGUGUUCGGAGGACACCCCUUAGUUGUGGAAAUGGAUCCUCCUCAGAUGGAUUUGUAAAAUACUCUGGUAUUAAAUUGCCAGAUACAAAGUUUUCAACAUUCUAUAGCAGUUUGAACCUUCAAGAGUGCGAGCAAGUUUGCUUGAACAAUUGCUCUUGCAUGGCUUACUCAAGUCUAGAUAUAAGCAACAGAGAAAAUGGCUGCUUGCUUUGGUUCAGCGAUUUGAUUGACAUUAGUGUGGUACCUUCAGAUGGGCAAGAUCAAGAUCUUUACAUAAGGAUGGCUUCCUCUGAUUUAGAUCAUACUUCAAGCUCAAAGGGCAAGAAAUCAAAAAGAAUGAAAUUGAUCAGUUCAUCAGUAUUGGUUGGAAUUCUGGUGCUGAGCUUGACCAUGACUCUGAUUGUAAUUUUAUACAAACGUAAAAGGAAGGAGAUCCAUUUAAAGUGGGAAGAAGAUCAAACAUUAUCUGAAGUAUCUACAAUAGGAAGAGCUACUAUAACACGAGCUACUGAUAACUUUUCACUCAAUAACAAGAUUGGCGAGGGAGGAUAUGGGCCAGUUUACAAGGGUGUUCUGGAUGAUGGAAAGGAAAUAGCUGUGAAACGUCUAUCAAAGACGUCUCUACAAGGGCUUGGAGAAUUUAAAAAUGAAGUCAAUUCUAUUGCCAGACUUCAACAUAGGAAUCUUGUGAAACUUCUAGGGUGGUGCAUUCAAGGAGAAGAAAAGAUGUUAAUCUAUGAAUAUAUGCCAAACAAAAGCCUUGACUCAUAUAUAUUUGAUAAUAGAAGAAGAGCAUUACUUGAUUGGCCAAAACGUUUCAACAUUAUCAAUGGAAUUGCUAGAGGGCUUUUGUAUUUGCACCAAGAUUCUCGAGUAAAAAUCAUUCAUAGAGAUCUCAAAGUUAGCAACAUUUUGUUGGAUAUUGACAUGAACCCAAAAAUAUCAGACUUUGGCUUGGCAAGGAGCAUUGGAUUAAACAAGACAGGAGCAAAUACAAACCGAGUUGUUGGAACACUUGGUUAUAUGUCUCCGGAGUACGCAGGACACGGUAUCUUCUCUAUUAAAUCAGAUGUUUUCAGCUUUGGUGUCUUGGUACUAGAAAUUGUUAGUGGAAAAAGAAAUAGGGGAUUUUCUCAUCACCAAGAUCACUAUGAGAACCUCCUUGGCCAUGUAUGUCUUGUUUGCGUGGCCGCGUGGAAGCAUUAUAGAGAUGGUAGAUUGAUUGAACUUAUAGACAAGCAUAUGGAUGAACCACUUGAUUUGCCUCAAGUUUUAAGAUCAAUCCAUGUCGGCUUGUUAUGCGUUCAACAUUACCCUAGAGAUAGGCCAAGCAUGUCAUCCAUAGUACAUAUGUUGGCUAACGAUGUUGAGCUACCCAUUGCUAAAGAGCCUAGUUUCUUCACAAAAACAAGGGUAAUUGAUGCAAACUCUUCUUCAGCCAAAGAAACAUCAUGUUCCAUAAAUCAAGUGACCAUCUCAUCUCUCGAUCCCCGAUUGCCCAACCUAAUACUCUUCUUGCAUUUGGUGGCAAUGAUGUUAAAUGAGUUAUUCAACUUGACUGUUGUCAAAAUGAGAACUCUUUUCCUGCAUUUUUUGUUCUCCCUUUUCUUGCUUUCCAUGCACAAAAUUUCCCAUGCAAGGGAUACACUCACUUCCACUCAGUUCCUCAAAGAUGACGACACAAUCAUUUCAUCUAGUGGGAGCUUUAAGAUGGGGUUUCUCAGCAUCCCUGCUGGUUCCAUAAACCGAUAUGUCGGUAUAUGGUACAACCAAAUUCCUGUUCCAACAAUAAUAUGGAUUGCCAACAGAGAAACUGCCCUAACUAACACAACAUCUGCGGUCUUGAAGAUCGUUAAGCCUGGCCGGUUACUUCUUGUUGAUGGCAAGAAUGACACUAUAUGGUCCACCAAUGCCUCAAGAUCAGCUCAGAAUCCGAUGGCGCAACUGUUGGAUUCAGGGAAUCUUGUGGUGAGAGAUUCAGAGGAUGAAAACCCGGAGAAUUUCCUGUGGCAGAGUUUUGAUUACCCAACUGAUACUUUUUUUCCAGGAAUGAAGCUUGGGCGGAAUUUCGUGACAGGCCACGAGGUAUAUGUGAGGGCAUGGAAGAGUGAAAAUGAUCCAUCUUCAGGGCAAUUCACAGUUCAUUUUGAUCCAGCCGGCUACCCACAGAGUGUAAUAAAGAAUGGUCCUGAAAAGAUUUACACAUCAGGACCCUGGAAUGGUCAGCGAUGGAGUGGAACACCUGGAAUAAAUCCAGAUAAUCCUCAUUACAAGUACCAAGUAUACAUGAAUCCCAGGGAGGCUUAUGUCAGAUAUGAUAUCAUUAACAACUCCAUUUUACUAAGGUUAGUUUUGAGUAGUUCUGGUGAUUUCCAAUCCUUUACAUGGAUGAAUGAAACUCAAAGUUGGGCCAGUUUCAUCAAAGCUCCAAUGGAUAUUUGUGACAACUUUGCAAAAUGUGGUGCAAAUGGAAUCUGUAACAUAGCAGGCUCUCCAAUCUGUGGAUGUUUGGAAAAUUUUGUGAAUAAUACAAGAGGGGGAUGGGAUUACUGGUCUGAUGGUUGCCAUAGGAGGAUACCUCUUAAAUGCAAGAAUGGAACAGAUGGAUUCAAGAAGUAUUCUGGCAUAAAAUUGCCAGACACUACAAAUUCUUGGUUUAACACAACUAUGAACCUUAAAGAGUGUGAGCACAAGUGUUUGAGCAAUUGUUCUUGCACUGCUUAUUCAAGUUUAGAUAUAAGCAAUGGAGGAAGUGGUUGUUUGCUUUGGUUUAAGGACUUGAUUGAUAUUCGGUUAUUGUCUGAGAAUGGACAAGACAUUUACAUCAGACUCGAUUCUUCUGAGAUACCUGAGGAAUCUGGUCAUGAUAGCUCAAAGGGGAAGAAAGUACAAAUCAUCUUAGGUUCUUCGUUACCGCUAACUAUAAUAAUCUUGCUAGUUCUGUGCUUUGGUUUGUACCUCUACAAAAAGAGUAAGGAGAAAAUGAUGAAGCUGAAAGAAUGGUUAGAAAUACCAUUAUUUGACAUGUCUAUGAUAUCAAGAGCUACAAAUAACUUUUCAGAAAACAAUAAACUUGGAGAGGGUGGAUUUGGAGCUGUUUACAAGGGUGUUCUAGAAGACAAACAAGAAAUUGCUGUGAAGCGACUCUCAAAGACUUCCACGCAAGGACUACAAGAGUUCAAGAAUGAAGUAAUUUGUAUUGCCAAGCUUCAACAUCGCAAUCUAGUAAAGCUCCUUGGUUGUUGUAUACAAGGAGAAGAAAAGCUUUUGGUCUACGAAUACAUGUCAAAUAAAAGCCUGGAUACCUUUAUAUUUGAUGAAGCAAAGAGCAUAUUGCUUGAUUGGCCAAAACGCCAUUCCAUUAUCAAUGGAGUUGCACGAGGAUUAAUGUAUCUUCAUCAAGAUUCUCGACUAAGGAUCAUUCAUAGAGAUCUUAAAGCAAGUAAUGUUUUGUUGGAUAACAAUAUGAAUCCUAAGAUUUCAGACUUUGGGUUGGCAAGAAGUGUCGGAGGAGAUGCAACAGGAGCAAAUACAAACCGUAUUAUUGGGACACAUGGAUACAUAUCACCUGAAUAUGCUACUGACGGAACAUUUUCAAUAAAAUCAGAUACAUUUAGUUUUGGCGUUUUGUUGUUGGAAAUUGUGGGUGGGAAAAGAAAUAGAGGAUUUUCCCACCCAGACCACAAUCUCAACCUUAUUGGUCAUGCAUGGAAACUGUAUAAAGAAAACAGGGCGUUGGAACUAAUUGAUGUCCAUCUUGCUCCGUCGUGUGAUCUGUCUCAAGUUCAAAGGUGUAUCCAUGUUGGAUUGUUAUGUGUGCAACAACGUCCAGAAGAUAGACCGACCAUGUCUUAUGUGGUAACAAUAUUGUCCAACGACAAUAUCUUACCCGAAGCAAAAGAGCCUGGAUUUUUCACAGAACAAAGAGUAAACAAAGGUGAUUGCUCUUCAAGCACACAGGGAACAGGUUCAACAAACAACGAAUGCACCAUGACUGUCUUGGAUCCUAGGUAG